GGGAAAUUAAGAAAAUCUUGCCUUCACUUUGGUAGCAACUAAUGAGUUGAAACUGACCUUAUCAUGCUUUUAAUGUUAUCUUUAGAUACCCACAUUCAAACGAGAACUUGAUAUCUUUCUAAAAAAAAAAAAAACAGUGACGCGGAGUUUCCAAAACAUAUCCACGUCGUCGUGGCGUGGAUGCACAAAGUAUGUUGUGUGCCUGUAAGUGAGGGUGAGAAGUGUGUGUGUGUGUGUGUGUGUGUGAGUGUUGAGGAGAGGCGCAGAGGAGGAGAUCGGAGGGGGGCUCCGUGGUUUUGAGCCAAUAGGCGCAGAGCAGCGCUGGUGUCAUUUCUUUCGACGCUUAAACUUGGUUUCCCGAGCUGCGCAGCGCUCAAAGCCCCGGUGAGCGUCCUUCCUUCUCCUCCUUCUCCUCCUUCUCCUUCUCCUUCUCCUCCCCCCCGCAGACUAUGCGCUGAAAGACUGCAUCCAUCGAGCUGUUUCACGUCCCGAGAACGGCACCGAGUCGCGUUUGCCGCUUGCAGUCAGCCCGGAUGCCUCCAGAGUCGUGAUUCUAUUCCGAUAAACGGAGUAUUUCCAAGCCGAUCCACGACCACGUUGUUUGCUUCUGAGCCCCCCCGUGUGUGAUGAACCUGGAGCGCAGCGAAAGAGGGGAGCGCCCGUCCCCCCGCGGCCCCGACAUGGAGCCUCGCAGCGGGGGAAAGACGGGGAAAGCAUCCGCGGUCUUCCAGAGGAGCUCCACCUCAGAUGACGACAGCGGAUGCGCGUUGGAGGAAUACGCGUGGGUGCCACCGGGGCUCAGGCCCGAGCAGGUCCAGCUGUAUUUCUCCUGCCUGCCGGAGGAAAAGGUGCCGUACGUCAACAGCCCCGGAGAAAAGCACCGGAUCAGACAGCUCCUCUACCAGCUGCCGCCCGCUGACAACGAGGUGCGUUACUGCCACUCUCUGACGGAGGAGGAAAAGCGGGAGAUCCACAUGUUCAGUGCCCAGAGGAAGAGGGAGGCACUUGGGAGAGGAACACCCAAGAUCCUGCCCCGAGCUCUGCACCACACCCGCUGUGAAAAUUGUGGUGGAGGCAUCAAUGGAGGGGAGAUGGCGAUUUUUGCCUCCAGAGCUGGGCUGGGCCCCUGCUGGCACCCAGCGUGCUUUGUGUGCACCACGUGUCAAGAGCUGCUGGUGGAUCUGAUAUAUUUCUACCAAGAUGGCAAAAUCCUCUGCGGACGACACCAUGCCGAGCUUCUCAAACCACGAUGCUCUUCUUGUGACGAGAUCAUCUUUGCGGACGAGUGCACGGAAGCAGAGGGCCGUCACUGGCACAUGAAGCACUUUGCCUGUUUGGAGUGCGAGACAAUGCUAGGAGGGCAGCGCUACAUCAUGAAAGAUGGCUGUCCCUACUGUACCGGCUGCUUUGAGUCACUGUACGCAGAGUACUGUGAGGCUUGUGGCGAAAACAUUGGCGUUGACCAUGCCCAGAUGACCUAUGAAGGUGUACACUGGCAUGCUGCGGACCAGUGCUUCUGUUGUGCCCAGUGCAAGACGUCCUUACUGGGCUGUCCCUUCCUGCCGAAGCAGGGUCGCAUCUAUUGCUCAAAAUCCUGCAGCCAGGGGGAAGAUAUUCACGCUUCCGACUCGUCCGAUUCUGCCUUCCAGUCCGCCCGGUCACGUGAAUCACGGCGCAGCGUGCGCAUGGGGAAGAGCAGCCGGCCUGCCGAACAGUGGAGACAGUCACAGCUGUUUAACCCCCCUGCUGCCGCACCUUCGUUCGAUUAUAAGUUUGGGAAUGGAGAGGGUAAUGGCAAUAGAAAUGGAGAGGGUGAUUGCGACAUUGGUAUCGUAGGGCGCAAAAUGGCCCGCCUGGGCCUGGAGGAGGAGAGGUUCUGGAGGGAGCGGGAGGAGCAGGAUGCUGGUGGAGAGGAGGAUCCCGAGGAGUGGGCCCAGCACGAGGACUACAUGACUCAGCUCCUUCUCAAGUUUGGUGACCGCGGGAUGUUAAACCAACUUCAGCAGCCACCGCUGAAAUCCCCCAGCCCUUGUGGUGACAGAAACAGGCCAAUGACUCUCUCUGACCCCUGGCUCAAGCCGGAUUCCACAUCUAUGGGGGUUAGCCCCUCCUCUCCCACUCCUACCAGUCCCACCCAGAGCCAGACUUCCAAUCAAUCCCGAGCCAAUAGUCACAGCCCUGGAUUGAUGAGCAAGAAGCACCUGCCUGAAAUGUACUGGGCACAGUCCCAGGACGGGUUGGGGGACUCAGCCUAUGGGAGUCAUCCAGGUCCUGCCAGUGCCAGAAAGAUUCAAGAGCUGGAGUUGGACCAGGAUCAGGACCAAUCUGGGUCUGGGAGACGGGCCUUCUGGCCAGACAACAGACAGUGGUACGAAGAUUCCCUUGAGUGCAUCGCUGAUGAGCUGAGGAAAGCCGAGCAGUGUGCAGGUGACUCCAUGGACUCCCUUGCGCUGUCAAACAUCACCGGCGCUUCGGUGGAUGGAGAUGGCAGGGAUAGACCUAUGGUCUACUCACUUGCCCUACAGGAUCCCUCAGUCGCAGAUGACUGCGAGAAGAUGAGCAACAUGGGAACCUUUAAUUCAUCUCAUCUUCACCACAGUGACAACUCUCUCAACCUAAACAUGGAAAAGGGAGACGAGGAGGUAGCGUUGUCCAAGAGGGGAGGCCCUCCAGGAGGACACCACGCAUUGUCCCCAAAUUUGGAAGGCCUCCCUCAGUCAUUUGUCCAUGCUCCGGCUCUGAGGAGAAGCAAAUCCCAGACCAGGCCUCCCCAGAUGGUCAAGUUCUCCGAGGACACCGUGGACAAUGGAUAUAACGAUGGAUUUGACGUCAGCAUUAGAAAGCAUCCCAUGAGCGAGAGGCCACAGCGGAGGACGUACUGCCCCGAAGAGAUGGCCAGAGAGAGAAGCCGUCCAACGAGCCAGCACGGGCGCAGCAGGCAGCACAACCACCGGCAAGGCCGGCACCACAGGAGCCGCAAAACUCGCUCGGACAACAACCUUCACGCGAUGCCUUUGGAGAAAGCGCAGAGGCCGUACCAGCACCAGCACCAGCACCAGCAGAUGCAAGGUGUGGCAAACUCUCCAUGCGGCGCCAUGCUCCUACAGCACCCCGCGAGCAGGCUGCCCGUGGCCUACUCCCAAACCCGUUCUGACUUUCUGCUGCAGGGCUCGGCUCAAGGAGACCCGCGAGUAGAAAGUUUCAUGGGUCUCUACGGAGACGAGGAAGACUGUUGUUCCACUUGCUCCUCCUCGUCAUCGGACUCGGAGGAGGAAGGUUAUUUCCUGGGCCAGCCAAUCCCUCAGCCUCGAGCGGUGGGACGCUACUACGCCGAGGACUACCCUACGAGGGUCACGGCCCUCUCAUCCCAGAGCCACGGCUCACAGACUGGUCGCAGAAAAGGCCACCGCUCCAAAAACUGCAUCAUCUCCUAACAGCUGAGUGCACUUACAUUGGAACCUGCGGUACACGAAGCAGCAACAGUGGUCUGAUUUUCUGACGAUACGACAGAUCAAAUCUGGGUUUGGAGACGCAAACCAUGUGCAAAGACUGUGUAUUAUGCCCUAACUGAAGGUCAAGAUGCAUAUCCUAUUUAAGGCAUUGGUUUCUUCUUUUGGAAGGUUAAACAGAUCUGUAUAAUAGUUUUUUGUGCUUGUUUGUGCAGAUUUACCCCAUAUACUGGGUCUUAAUGAAGCACUAACAGGAUGUAUGUACUAGUAUAUUUGGAAGCCUUUCUUAAGACCAGAAUGAUGCAGAGCGGCUGAAUUUGCGAGUUUUUUUUUACGUUUAUUGUUCAGUAAAAUGUUUCGCAGCAUUAUCUUUGUGCAUUAUUGUGGAUACAUAU